CAAGGAUAUCCCAAACUCCGCUCCCGAUGACAAUACCAAUCCCGACCCUAUACCGACCACCGAACGUUUAAAACGACUCCAAGAAGUUUAUGAGUUGGUGCGCGUCAAUUUGGCCCGUGCUUUUACCACCCAAAGCCAUCAUUACAAUCUCCGACGUAGAGAUUGGAGGUGUCAAGUUGGAGAUCGGGUCAUGAAACGCGAACAUCAUCUUUCUUCCGCAAUCAAAAACUUCGCCGCGAAGCUUGCACCAAAGUAUUCCGGGCCAUAUACGGUUUUUAAAGUUAUCUCACCCGUCGUGUAUGACUUGAAAAGCUCCAGCGGGAAAUUAAUCCGACGCGUACACGUUAAAGAUUUAAAGCCAUCACAUUAAAACUUUUUGUUACAGAAAAGCAAACUAUGCCGAAAAAUAAUUCCGGUCGUGCUAACGGGGAACCGCCCCGUGGAGCUCCCGUAGGUGAAGUACGGUGUCCAAAAAUGGACAAUGUAUAUUUGCGACGACAGCAGAUGAUGAGGAUGCAGGCCAUCAAGAACUGGGUUCGCAGUAAGAAGCUGCAGUUCUCCAAGGAUCCUAUACAGAAACCCAGCCAUCACAAACCACUCCUUUCCGCUGCCAAUCCAAUCUCGCCUAUAUUCACCUCACCACCCCCCGAAACCGAACCCACAUUCACCGCACCACCCCCCGAAACCGAACCCACAUUCACCGCACCACCCCCCGAAACCGAACCCGCAUUCACCGCACCACCCCCCGAAACCGAACCCGCAUUCACCUCAUCACCCUCCGAAACCGAACUCACAUUCACCCCAUCCUACAACGAAACCGUACCCGCAAGAAAAAAAAAACCGUCCCUUAUGAUAAGAAUUCCUUUCACUUUACACCCAAUUCCUACAAAAGUACCUGAUCCUACAUUAAUUCCUAUUCCUGAAACCCCACCUACCGCCGAGUCAGUAAACCAACCUCUCUGGAAAACUCACAUUGCCGACACCGUUUUCCAGCAGAGAAACAAGAAGUUGUGGACGGAAAAGUUCAGGCAGGAGCUUAAAAAGCUGCGACCCGCAACCCAUGUGGGCAAGUUCCGGGUCCGCCUUCUCACGUCCGGUGGACAGAAGGUCCACGUCACCGUUUAGUUUUAAUGAAGUUUUGUGUUAAUUUGGGAGGGGAGAAAGAAUUUUUUUUUGUUUUUUUUUUGGGUGAUAUUAUUUUCCGUAUAAGUCUGAUUUUCUGUGAUAUUGUUCUUCUUUAUUUUUUUUGUAUAAUUGUAAAUAUAUUUGUUGAAUGUUAACAAUUAGCAUUUAUUCCCGCACCCCAAAUCCCAGGGUAAGCUUAACCUAAUUCUGAUGAUGAAUAACUUACAGAAAUGGACUCUCCAACUCUGCAGUUGCUCUCCACCGAGGAAUUAAUGGAUGAAUUAGCGGCUGCCAUAAAUGAUACGACCGAGACAAAGGCAUCUGGGGCUGAGACAAUUCUGCUUCGUGAAGACUCCAUUGAAACUCAGCCUGUCCCUCAGAACGGCCUCACCAAAAUUCCGGAAACUGGCUCUCCAGAAAACCCCACCGAAGAUAUCCAACGGUUGAAUAUCCCUGUUGACGACUUGACCAAAGCUGAGUCAUUUCCAAGAUCCAUGGGAAUGGAGAAUAAUACACCUUAUGAAUGGACCGAGUCGGACAUCAUUAACAGUAACCCCACCACCAUGCCGCAUUUCCUGCCCGUAUCGCAAGGUCUAUGCUGGCGAUGUGGGCGACCAGGGCAUAAAAGGGGAUCAUGCACUGGAAAGCCCAUCUUGUUUUGCUCAGGCUGCGGAAAAGUGGGGGUCAUGUCGUCCAAAUGUAUUUGCCUAAUCAUAUACCCUCCAGUCAUUCUGCCACAAUUCAACAAGAAUAAGCGAAUUCCGAAAACAUCUUCCAAACCCCAAGGAUCUUGCCGACGCCGACGAGAGGGAUUCCACGCCUGUCCACUAUGUGGGUGUUCCUGUGGCAUGCGUCCGAUAAACCGCAACUAAAUUUUUUUAACCGAAUUUAUAAAACCGACCGUGAGCCGUUCAUUUCUUUCAGCAUAAUACCGGACCGGCGGUCAAUCCGGGCUUUAAAAUAGAAGAGGGAAUAUGGGACCGAGACAGCCGAGAAGAUUUUUUUUUAUUUAUUUAUUAUUUCAUUAUUUCGAUAGAAUGUAUUAUACUUCUUUUUGUUAUUUUUUUUUUUGUUUUGUAAUUAUAAAUUAAAAAAAAAAUGUUAGGGUAGAAAAACAUUUUUUUUUUUGUCAAAGAAGGGGGAGUGUAAUGAAGUUGCAUAAUUUUU